AUGGAAAGCGGUUUAAUUCCACCAAAUUUGCACUUUACAAGUCCAACGAACGGUGUGAAAUGUUUCGAGGAAGGAAAACUUCAAGUAGUUACGGAACCAACUCCAUGGGAGGGUGGCUACGUAGGGAUAAACUCGUUCGGUUUCGGUGGCGCAAAUGUUCACGUUUUGCUGAAAUCGUUCACGAAGGAGAAAGUGAACAAUGGAGCACCUUCUGAUGAUUUGCCUCGAUUGGUAGCAGUGUCUGGUCGCACAAAGGAAGCAGUGGACAUCCUCCUCAGCCACUUGGAAAGUAUACCUGUGGACGUAGAAUACAUUCGACUUUUACAAGAUGUACAUGCCGAAGACAUACCUGGAUACAUGUUCCGAGGCUAUACACUCCUUAGUUCCAAACCAUCAGAAAAACCAGUCAAAGAGAUUGAACAAUAUUCUGGCGUGAAAAGGCCCAUUUGGUUUGUCUUUUCUGGAAUGGGAUCCCAGUGGCCUGGCAUGGGAACUAGAGUCGGCGAUCCUGAAGAACUAAACGCGAUCGAUAAAGUAUUUUGUCAGGGCAGAAGUACACCCCUCAAGAUUGGUUCCGUUAAAUCGAAUAUGGGUCAUACAGAACCUGCUAGCGGUCUCUGUUCAGUGGCUAAGGUCAUCAUUGCGAUGGAAAGCGGUUUAAUUCCACCAAAUUUGCACUUUACAAGUCCAACGAACGGUGUGAAAUGUUUCGAGGAAGGAAAACUUCAAGUAGUUACGGAACCAACUCCAUGGGAGGGUGGCUACGUAGGGAUAAACUCGUUCGGUUUCGGUGGCGCAAAUGUUCACGUUUUGCUGAAAUCGUUCACGAAGGAGAAAGUGAACAAUGGAGCACCUUCUGAUGAUUUGCCUCGAUUGGUAGCAGUGUCUGGUCGCACAAAGGAAGCAGUGGACAUCCUCCUCAGCCACUUGGAAAGUAUACCUGUGGACGUAGAAUACAUUCGACUUUUACAAGAUGUACAUGCCGAAGACAUACCUGGAUACAUGUUCCGAGGCUAUACACUCCUUAGUUCCAAACCAUCAGAAAAACCAGUCAAAGAGAUUGAACAAUAUUCUGGCGUGAAAAGGCCCAUUUGGUUUGUCUUUUCUGGAAUGGGAUCCCAGUGGCCUGGCAUGGGCGAGGCAUUGAUGAAGUUCCCAAUUUUCUACAAGGCUAUUCAAAAGUGCGAUGCAGUGUUGAAGCCGCACGGUGUGGAUAUCUUUGAUAUUCUUACUAACAAGGAUAAGAAGACUUUCGAUAAUAUCUUAAAUUCGUUCGUUGGGAUCGCCGCAGUCCAAAUCGGUCUUGUUGAUCUGUUAACAUCCGUGGGUAUCGAACCGGAUAAUAUAAUCGGGCAUUCUGUCGGAGAACUCGGUUGCGCAUACGCUGAUGGAUGCUUUACGGCUGAACAAAUGGUGCUCGCAGCAUAUUCUAGGGGUUUAGCAUCCAUAGAAACUAAAUUGAUUCGAGGUUCUAUGGCCGCAGUUGGUCUUGGAUACGAGACAAUAAAAGACUUGUGUCCACCUGAUAUAGAAGUUGCCUGCCACAAUGGCCCUGACAGUUCUACCAUAAGUGGACCAGCUGAAUCAAUGAAGCAAUUUGUUGCAGAAUUACAGGCUGACAAAAUUUUCGCGAGAGAAGUGCCGUGUAGCAACAUCGCGUAUCAUAGUCGCUACAUUGCCCAGGCAGGACCAAAAUUAUUAGCAUAUUUGAAAAAGGUGAUUCCCGAACCAAAAUUAAGAAGCUCCAAGUGGGUGAGCACUUCUGUACCCCGUAAUCAAUGGUAUACAGAAGCCGCUAAAUACUCUUCCGCAGAGUAUCACACGAAUAACUUGUUAAGCUCCGUAUUAUUUGCGGAAACCGCUACAAUGAUCCCGUCCGAUGCGAUAACUAUAGAAAUCGCGCCCCAUGGUCUUCUACAGGCGAUCUUGAAAAGAUCGCUAGAUCAAAGUACAGUAAACGUACCGUUAACUCAAAGAGGGCACAAAGACAACGUAGAAUACAUUUUGCAAGCAUUUGGAAAAUUAUACAACGCUGGUUUGCAACCACAAAUGGCAAAUCUUUAUCCAGCCAUACAUUUUCCAGUUAGUCGUGGUACACCCAUGAUCUCUCCCUACAUUAGGUGGGAGCACUCGGAAAAUUGGUUCGUUCCAGCGUACACACAACGUCUGAAAAUUACUACCGCCGAAAGGAUGGUUAACGUGGCGCUUAAAGAUGAAAAUUAUGAGUACAUAAUGCAUCAUGUGAUCGAUGGAAGAACGUUGAUCCCAGCUACUGGAUAUCUUAUUAUGGCUUGGGAAACCCUCAGCAUGUUACAAGGGAAACUGUACGAUGAAGUAUCAGUGGUUUUCGAGGAUAUAAGGUUUGAACGCGCAACCACUAUAUCCGUGGAUAAAUGGUUCGAAAUAAUAAGCUCUAGCGGUACUGCAGGUUCCGGAAAAUUCGAGAUAUCGGAAAAAUCUACGGUAGUCGUAACAGGGAAGAUCCGUGAAUUGACGAAUCCCACAAAAGAAAAUAUUGAUGUCAAAUAUUUGACACCAGUUGACGAUAUAGAAUCUCUUAAUCAUAAGGAUAUAUACACAGAAUUGAAACUUCGUGGCUACGAGUACACGGGGCUAUUCCGUGGCCUGAAGAGUGCAUCUACUAAAGGAACUAGAGGACGUAUUGUCUGGUACAAAAACUGGGCCGCAUUUAUGGACAAUAUGUUACAAAUGAAAAUACUGAGCCUGGAUACCAGAGCCUUAUAUGUGCCAACAGCCAUAAGUAGGAUAACGAUAGACGUGACAGGACACAAUGACAGGAUUCGCUAUUUUACAGAAGAAGACAAUGAAAUACCAGUAGCUGUUUACAAAGAUUAUGACGUAGUAAAAGCCGGAGGAAUAGAAAUGCGCGGGAUAAAGGCUAAUAGUAUUCAACGGCGGAGAACAAUGGCAGACCCAGUUUUGGAAGAAUACAAGUUCGUCGCUAAUCGAGAUAAUGCACAAACAUCUUUAGAAGAAAUGAUAAUAUUAUCCACCCAACUAGCACUGGAAAGUCACAUAACAACUACUCCAAAGAUUCUUGAACGAGUCGAAAAGAAGAAUUAUUACUUCCUGAGAAUGUUACGGUAA